AUGGCCGAACCCACCCUCACGGUCAAGCUCCGCAACACGUACGUCGACCCGCCGACGACGCAAACCUUCGUUCUUCCCCGGAAUCGCGCAAUCGCUACAUCUCUCUACCUCCGCGCUCACACCCAGCCCUCAGAUCACGCAGGGAACGUUACUCAUGGCUCUUCACCCUCACAAUAUAAUACGUCCGCGCCAAAGAGAAAGCACGACGGCAUCACAAGGCUCAACUUCCCCGACUUCGACAUCUUCGCCAUCUACGUCGCGUGGUUGAACAGCGGAGCGAUACAUACGAAGGACGGGCUACGCGGCCAUGGAGUACCCGCGAAUGACACCCUAGCAAUAGCGCAGCAGCGUCUUCGACUUGCGUUUACCGAUUACUUGGGCUUGUAUUUCCUGGGUUGUUGGUUACAAGACGAUGUGUUUAGGGAUUGCUUGGUCUCGGUCAUUGUAUCUUCCAUCAAUGAGGUGGGCCGGAUCGACACCGCUGCACACUCAGCUUCACCUUCGUCUUACUACCGGUUGAGUGUUGAGCAGGCUGCUCAGUGCUUUCUGGAGGCUCUCAAGCCAUCGAUCGUCGACCUCGUACUCACGGAUGAGAAAGCAAGUCUGCACCUCAGGAGACUGAUGUAUGCGGGUAUUAAGAAGUGGGCGGCGCCGGAGCACAUGGGUAUGUGGGUUCCGAAGGAAGGGAGGACGUGCGAGAGGGGGUUUGUGAGGGGGUUGUUGGGGUGGUUGGUCGUUGGUGCGAGGGAGAGAGAUGGUGGUAAACAUCAUUCAGCUAGGGAAGACGGAGACAAAGGGAAGAGUGGGAUAAGCAGUGAGACGGGAGAUGAUGGAUGGACGUCGGUUUCACCCGAUCCCGCUUGGCCUACACCCGAACUCGAAGGGGGCAAUGUGGCCCAAGGUCCACCAGGGUGGGCUCUGCCUAUGCGGGAUAUGUGGACUCCGCAGUCGGAUGUUGAGUGGUCGGAUGCCGGGGCGUCUAGAUGGUCUGGAGCUGAAAGGGGACUGGCUGAAGACGAUGGUGUGGCUAAGCGUGGUUCGGAUGCGGAGUCUUUGGCGGAGAUGUAUGUGGAGUGGCCGGAGAGGGAGGAGGAGGAUACUGUGGUUACUGAUGGUCCUCCAGACAGCUUGGUUAAACAAAUCAUGUAUUCCAGCUAUACCAUGCUCAGUGGUGAAUACCAAAUGAUCGUCCAUGUCUGA